UAAAAAUAUACAUAAAAUAAGCUUGAUAUAAUUUAAAAAUAAAUAUUUAUAAACAAUAUGACUGAUCCAAAUCAAAUAGAAAUCAAUGAAAUAACUGGUUAUUGGACGUUUUUGAUGAGUAUUGACUGGAAAGAUCCUUGGUUAAUUGGAUUAGUGUCCUUGCACAUUCUGACAACCACUACGGCCCUCAUGUCGAGGAACAACACAAACUUUCAAAUAUUUCUUUUCCUGAUUCUUUUAUCUAUAGUGUACUUCUCGGAAAGCAUCAAUGAGUAUGCUGCCUUAAACUGGCGCUCCUUUUCCAAGCAACAGUACUUCGAUAGCAAUGGACUCUUUAUAUCGACAGUAUUCUCAAUUCCUAUAUUGCUCAAUUGCAUGUUGUUGAUUAGUUCAUGGCUGUACAAUUCCACCCAAUUGAUGACAAAGCUAAAGACAAGACAAUUGGAAGAACGGGCCCGGCGUAUAGAAAAGCAGAAUGCAUCCAAAAAAGAUUAGCUGUUCCCUCAUACAUUCCUAAGUGAAAUAAGAUUGAAUUCUAGCCACAUGUAGACUUUUCUUUAAUGAAUUUUUGAUUUUGAAAUUUUAUAUGUGAGCAUUAAAUAUUUUUGUGAUAAAAAUUAAUGUUUCUUUUUAGGUUUGCCAUAAAGUUGUAAAAAUAAAGAAAUGCAUAUUAUAAUGUAAAUUAAAUUUA